GGAGUGGUUGGCGAGCGAGAGAGAGAGAGAUGCACCCAACAGAGAGUUCGUGUCCCGGAAACAUUCUUUUCUUUUUAGCACAUCUUUGAAUCUGGCAAGUCCAAGCUCAAGAGCCACAACUUAACUGUUUUAAUUUCGAUUCCUAUCCCAAUCCAAAAUCAACACUUGAACUACAAAAGAAACACUAGAAAGAAAAAAACUUUUACUGUUUUUUCUGCUUUUUCUUCUUUUUCUUCUUCUUUUCUUUCCUGUGUCUGGGUGGUCUCAUAGAAGCUCAUUUUCUUUGACUGUACCUCAUUUUGUGGGUGACUACAAAUCAUUGCUCUUUAACCUUUUGUCUGGUAAAGUUAGGGUCUCUUGUAUUAGCGUAUUCUCACAUUACAUUUAUUAUAACCCCUUUUCUACUUUUCAAGAUCGGUGAGGAAAUUAUUAUUAGGGUUGUUUCAUUUAUUCAAUUUUUCCCCUUUUCCGAGGGCUGGAUAAUCUCCGCAGGUUGAGAUGUUUGGGUGGGAGGAAAAUGAGGGAAAAUGUGGAUGGAGCGAGUGUUGUGGGAAUGCGAUGAGGAAGAGAGCGUGAGGAAGUGCAUUGAGUGAGAUAUGGGCUGUGUGUUCGGAAGAGAGGCGUCGGCGAAGUUCGCCGGAGAGACAGUGUCGGAGAGGGAGGAGAGGAAAGAGGUAGUUACAGCUGCGAAAGCAGGAGCGAGUGAGGUUCCAAAUAGUGGGAAUCGGAAGGAAGGUGGUGGAGAGGAGAAGAGUGCACGGCCAAGAGGGGAACGGCGGCGAUCGUCGAGGCCAAAUCCGAGGCUGAGCAAUCCACCGAAUCAUGUACAUGGCGAGCAAGUGGCGGCGGGAUGGCCCGCUUGGCUCUCCAAGGUUGCAGGGGAAGCCAUCGAUGGGUUGACGCCUAGAAGAGCAGACACUUUUGAAAAGCUUGAUAAGAUUGGCCAAGGCACAUACAGUAAUGUUUACAAAGCCAGAGAUACUUUAACCGGGAAAAUUGUUGCCUUAAAAAAGGUUCGAUUUGACAAUUUGGAGCCAGAGAGUGUGAAAUUCAUGGCCCGAGAGAUUCUUAUAUUACGUCGUCUUGAUCAUCCCAAUGUUGUUAAACUGGAAGGCUUAGUGACUUCUAGAAUGUCAUGUAGCUUGUAUCUUGUUUUUCAAUACAUGGAGCAUGAUCUGGCAGGACUUGCUACAAGCCCAUCAAUUAAGUUCACUGAGCCUCAGGUUAAAUGUUACAUGAAGCAGUUGUUUUCUGGUCUGGAACACUGCCACAACUGUCAUGUGCUUCAUCGAGAUAUAAAGGGGUCAAACCUUCUUAUUGACAAUGAAGGGAUCCUUAAAAUUGCUGAUUUUGGAUUAGCUUGCUCCUUCGAACCUGAUCACAAGCACCCUAUGACAAGUAGGGUGGUGACUUUAUGGUAUCGACCUCCAGAACUUCUUCUCGGGGCCACUGAUUAUGGCGUAGGAGUGGACCUCUGGAGUGCUGGCUGCAUUCUUGGAGAAUUGUUGGCUGGAAAGCCAAUUUUACCUGGUCGAACAGAGGUGGAGCAGCUACAUAAGAUAUUUAAGCUAUGUGGUUCUCCUUCUGAAGAGUAUUGGAAAAAGUCAAAGUUGCCGCAUGCUACAAUUUUUAAGCCUCAACAAUCAUACAAGCGAUGCAUAUCAGAGGUAUUCAAAGAUUUUCCACCAUCAUCCUUGCCACUAAUUGAGACCCUUCUUGCAAUCGAUCCAGCUGAACGUCAGACUGCCACUGCUGCAUUGCAAAGUGAAUUCUUUACUACAAAACCUUAUGCUUGUGAGCCAUCAAGCCUUCCAAAAUAUCCUCCUAGCAAGGAGAUGGAUGCAAAGCUACGUGAUGAAGAAGCUAGAAGAUUGAGAGCAGCAGGUAAAGCUAAUGCUGAUGGUGGCAAGAAAUAUCGUCCACGUGACCGGGGAGGGAGGGGAAUUCCAGUUCCAGAAGCCAAUGCUGAGCUUCAAGCAAAUAUUGAUAGACGACGAUUGAUAACGCAUGCAAAUGCAAAGAGCAAGAGCGAGAAGUUUCCUCCGCCGCACCAAGACGGAACUCUAGGCUAUACUCUGGGUUCUUCACAUCACAUGGAUCCAGUUUUUGACCCUCCUGAUGUUUCCUUUAGCUCUACAAACUUGUCAUACCCUAAAGCCAAUAUUCAAACUUGGUCUGGUCCCUUGGUGGAACCUGCUGCCCCGAGGAGAAAGAAGAGCAUGGCAGGAGCAUCCAAAUCAUCAAAAAAGGACUCCAGAAGAUGAUAUGAAACAAAAUUCUUGUAAUAUAGAUGCUGCUGAUUUGCUCAAGCCAUUAAUCACAGUCACAGAGAGCCAUUUCUUUCUUGAUCGGAGGUUUCAUCUCUAUCUCGUCUAUGUUCAUUUUUUUUUUUCAAGUCUAAUUAGAUUAGAGAGGAACAUCUAAUAAUAAACUGCUAUCAGUAAGUAUUCAUGUUUUAUUUCUCCCUAAUUUUGUCAUACCUUUUUUCUAAACCCUGUCAAUUCUGCACUACUCACAGAUACUUGUACUUCCAACAGUUGUUCAACUUUGUUUCUGGGCUAAUCUGUCAAUACUUUAUUC